AUGGCGCUAUUCCUCACAUCCCGCCGCGCUUUCACCGCUUCCAUCUCAUCGCGAUCCUUCCUUACCCGCCCGCUAUCCACCUCCCCGGUCCUCUCCGCCGACACGCCAUUUAAGAGCGGCCCUGCACCCCCGAGACUGCCCAAGGAAGAACAAGAAAUCUUCGAAGAGCUCCAGCGAAAAUCCACCGGCGCAUUUAGUACUCCGCAAGUCAACCAGUCGCCUGCCUCCGAGGCCGAGGCGCAGUCCCACCCUGAUAAGCCCGCGGGCAUGAAGCCGGAAUUCGAGGGCGAGAAGAAUCCGAACACGGGUGAGGUUGGAGGCCCGAAGAAUGAGCCGUUGAGAUGGGGUUCGGAUGGGGAUUGGAGUUAUGGAGGUCGGGUUACGGACUUCUGA